AUGGCCAGCCAAGAUACUGUUGUGGUGGCUGACGCCAUCGUCGUUUCCUCUGUUGUCGAGGACGCGCCAGUCCAUACUAUCGAAUGGCAGGAUAUCGACCCGCUACUUCAGUUCAGGCGACUGAUGACGCGAUGGGCGAAGGCCGGCAUUAUUUUGAAGCCAAGAUACGAGCCGCCGAAAGUAGAGCGACGAAUACAGCGGAAUGAGGCUAACGCAGCGGAAGCAAAUGCGGCUGUAAUAAUGGCAGAGUGUUCGCCGGUGCUUCGAUCCAUACUGCUAGCAGAUACACCCCGUAACCACGACCGCGCUGUCAGAGCCGCGUUCAUGCUUACGUCAGCUACCGUUGGUGGUCUUCCGGCUCGCAACCGGCCAGAUCUCACCGGUUGA